AUGCAUGCUGACAGCCGGCUGACUCGAUGCGCAUUCCCCUUCCCAAGAAAAUGUUUUAAGAGCAAGUUCCGGAGGGUAUGACAAGUGGGGACAGGGCUGAUUCUUUUUUUAUUUUUAAAAUGUUUCGUAUUUUUCACUUUUAUUUUACUGUAUUCCGAAUAUUUCUAAAUAAAUAAAUUUUUUCAUGCCAAAAAUGGAUGAGCGCUUUAAAGUUUCAAAGGUCAAACCAAGUACAAAUCGAAAUUUCGACUGUAAAUUUUUUCAAUUUUUUGACACUGCGCAACAAUCAAUAUUUUGUUGACAUUUCGUCAAAUUUCGAAUGUUUUAUAUUUUUUGACACUUCGUCUAAAUUUAUAAUAGAUGUUGCGCUUCAGUAUUUCCGUGAUUUUCGUAUAAUUUUACGGUAAGUUUUGGCUUACAUUUCAUUUCAACACAUCAAAUAAUCUCAGUAAUAUCAUCUUUUGACCUUUAUUACCCCGUAUUUUCGUUUAUAAGAUUCAAUAAGAGCAAAACAGUGCUUAUUGCGGCUGCAGAAUGCCUUUGCUUUAUCUGCCGCUUGCAGAAUAAUUUCCCGCGUUAUCAGCACUUUUUUAUCUGCCUUCCCCGCACCUUCAACUUUCUCAUUUCAGCUCUCAGUUAUUUAUGCGGAUGACAGCGGCGAAUAAUUACAUUUGGGAAUAUUUCGAGAGAAAUGGAAAGAAUGCGACUUGUCGGCAUUGCGGGCAAGUUUACGUUGGAUACAAUCACAAUCGACUAAAGCAACAUCUCCUAAAUGUAAUAUCUGAUACGUUUAAUUCGUUGAAGGAGAGCUUUCCGUAUUAAUUUAAUAUUUUUAGAUCUGUAAGCAUGUCCCACCUGAGAUCCGUGACAAUUUCCUUCGGGAGACGGCCGCAGCCAUAACCUCGUUGAUCUUCGGUGCUAAAGAAGAGUCUCGAGAGCCCCCUCCUACGCUAGUCGAGGUCCCAUAUAUUACUAACCAAUUAAGCAAUCAUAAUUCAUCCCAUGGACAAAAUCAGCAGCCAAGUACCUCGCGGAUUUCGAAUCAAAUUGAUGUGAAACAAAAAGCGGAUGAGACUCUGGCUAAGGUAAGAUAAUGUAAUGGCUUCUGGGAUGUAAAAAAUUAGCUGAUUGUAAAUCAAUUCAAGUUUUCCCGCUCUUCCGGUAUUUGAGCAACAAAUUAACCUUAUAUUACCUUGUACAAUAUGUAUUUUCAGGCUAUGCUUUCCUCUGGCGUUCCCCUCGAAUUCGUUGAGAAUCCCAAGUUCAAGAAAUUCCUGAAACUUUUGAAUCCAACCUAUCAUCCACCUGAAGCCAAACAACUACUCACCCCGAAUGUAAUCAAAGACCUCAAGAAGACUGCCAAAAGUCUGAUCGACUCCGCCCAUCAUGUAACCAUCACCUCAAAUGCCCCAGGCCAAUUCUCGAUAACCGUCCAUUCCGAGUCCCCCACAAAGGAAUUGAUUAUGAAGCACGAGCCAAAAGAGAUGGAUAUUCUGGAGGAAAUGGAAUCAUUCCAUCAGAAUCAUGUCCAAUGA